ACCGGUACAUUUUCGGAUUAGGGUUUUAAGCUCAGUGUACGCGCGGCUGCUCCUCCUCGCUGCAACAUCUCAAUCCUAGCCUCGCCGCUCUUUCGAGUCUGCAAUCAUGGGUAAGACACGUGGUAUGGGAGCUGGGCGCAAGCUCAAGUCUCACCGUAGGAGGCAAAGAUGGGCUGACAAGUCAUACAAGAAAUCUCACCUUGGAAACGAAUGGAAGAAGCCGUUUGCUGGCUCGUCUCACGCCAAAGGCAUCGUGCUUGAGAAAAUAGGUAUUGAAGCUAAGCAGCCGAAUUCUGCCAUUCGUAAAUGUGCUAGGGUUCAACUCAUCAAGAACGGCAAGAAGAUUGCUGCUUUUGUUCCCAAUGAUGGUUGUUUGAACUAUAUUGAGGAAAAUGAUGAAGUGUUGAUUGCUGGAUUUGGAAGAAAGGGACACGCUGUGGGAGAUAUUCCCGGGGUUCGAUUUAAGGUUGUGAAGGUAUCUGGUGUUUCUCUCCUUGCCCUCUUCAAGGAGAAGAAGGAAAAACCGAGAUCUUAGUUCUUUUAUUUUUCUUUUAUCCUGCAUGUGGCUGUUCGUUUAGUUUUCGAUCAGACAUUUGAUUAAUUUUGGUUAUGUUUGUGGAAAAUACACUGUCAUUCAUUAGCUUACUGUAAUAGAGUUUUACUUCGGUGGAUUCACUCUGCUGUUAUUUUCUAGUCAAAAUUUGCCAUUUUUAAUCCA